GACAGGCAACAUAUUGGACGCCCCUGUGUACAGAUGGGGCCUCGUGCUUUUAAAGUAUUGUCGCGGAAUUAUGACGUCCUCUUUAACCGCUGCCCGAGAGUAGAACAGGAUUUUUAAGUCCAACAUCCAUCGAUAAUCAACAAUGGCCGAGGAAGGUAGUGUCUCUGCUGGAGGUGCGAUGGAUGUCAACACUGCUCUCCCUGAGGUGCUCAAGACCGCACUUAUCCACGAUGGCCUUGCCCGUGGUAUCCGUGAGGCUGCCAAGGCCCUGGACAAGCGUCAAGCCCAUCUCUGUGCCCUUGCAGGCAACUGCGAUGAGCCCACAUACGUCAAGCUGGUAGAGGCCCUCUGUGCUGAGCAUCAGAUCAACCUGAUAAAGGUUGAUGACAACAAGAAGCUCGGCGAGUGGGUCGGUCUGUGCAAGAUCGACCGUGAGGGUAAACCCCGUAAGGUUGUGGGCUGCAGCUGCGUCGUGGUCAAGGACUAUGGCAAGGAGUCUCAAGCUAAGGAUGUGAUUGAGGAAUACUUCAAAGGCAAGAAAUAAAAUGUCAAUAAAAAGUAAAAAAAAUGGAAAUGAA